GAGUUCAACCAAACACUUCAGACUAUACCAUGGGUUCAAAGACAAGAGAGACCUACACUGUAGAGGAGCUGCAGCAGCUGGACGCAGACGUUACCGGACGGCGAGAGAGGGCACAGUGGGUGCUGAAUUCUCCUGAUCCACCAGGUCUAUUGCACGAUAUUAUCAGUUCAGUUAAGGACGUUGCCUUCCCUCUUGGACACACAACUGCAAAGCAAACUACCAGUAGACGUGCCGUAUCAUUCUUGAAAGGCCUGUUUCCAAUCCUUAGCUGGGGUAGGGAUUACAGAUUUUCUAAGUUUAAAAACGACCUAAUGGCAGGUUUAGCACUUGCAAGCCUUAGCAUUCCUCAGAGUAUCGGAUAUGCUACUUUAGCAAAACUCGAUCCUCAAUACGGCCUAUACACCAGUUUUAUUCCCCCUCUGAUUUAUGCUCUAAUGGGGAGUUCAAGAGAAAUUGCCAUUGGGCCCGUAGCUGUGGUAUCUAUGCUGCUUUCCUCUAUGAUUCAGGAGAUAGAAGAUCCUGCAACUGACCCUGCUGCAUAUAGAAAGAUGGUUCUAACUGUUACCUUCUUUGCUGGAAUCUUCCAAGCCGUAUUUGGAUUGUUUAGGUUGGGAUUUCUUGUGGAUUUUCUUUCACAUGCUGCCAUUGUUGGAUUUAUGGGGGGUGCAGCCAUUGUUAUUGGUCUUCAGCAACUGAAAGGGCUACUUGGGAUCAAUCAUUUCACCAAUAAAACUGAUUUAGUCUCUGUCCUGGAGUCUGUUUUCACAUCAAUAGACCAUCCGUGGUCCCCUCUGAAUUUCGUCCUGGGCUGCUCAUUCCUUAUCUUCCUUCUAAUUGCCAGGUUUAUCGGCAGGAGAAACAAGAAGCUCUUCUGGUUUCCAGUCAUUGCUCCUCUCAUAUCUGUGAUAUUAUCCACUUUGAUAGUGUUCUUGACAAAAGCUGAUAAGCACGGAGUAAAGAUUGUAGAACAAGUCAAAGGAGGCUUGAAUCCAAGUUCAGUCGGUGAAAUACAACUCAAAAGACCACAUGUUGGACAAGCAGCCAAAAUUGGCCUCAUUUCUGCCAUUGUUGCUCUUACCGAAGCUAUUGCUGUUGGCCGGUCUUUCGCUUCCAUAAAAGGCUAUCACCUUGAUGGGAACAAAGAGAUGUUAGCUAUGGGCUUCAUGAACAUUGCAGGAUCUCUGACUUCCUGUUAUGUGGCAACUGGUUCAUUUUCAAGAACUGCUGUGAAUUUCAGUGCAGGGUGCGAAACUGUAUUAUCCAAUAUAGUGAUGGCUAUUACGGUGUUUUUGUCACUGGAAUUUUUCACUAGGCUCCUGUAUUACACUCCCAUUGCAAUCCUGGCUUCAAUCAUUCUAUCAGCUCUUCCUGGAGUUCUUGAUAUUCAUGAAGCUUACUACAUCUGGAAGGUUGACAAGCUAGACUUCCUUGCCUGCGUCGGUGCUUUCGUUGGCGUCUUGUUUGCAUCAGUGGAAAUCGGGCUUCUAGCUGCGGUAACCAUCUCAUUUGCCAAGAUAUUGCUAAACUCCAUUCGACCAGGCAUAGAAGAACUUGGAAGACUUCCAAGAACAGAUACCUAUUGUGAGAUAAAUCAAUAUCCCAUGGCCAUCAGAACUCCAGGAAUUUUAGUAGUCCGUGUCAACUCUGCCCUACUUUGCUUUGCUAAUGCCAACUUUGUAAGAGAAAGGAUACUGAGGUGGGUGACAGAAGAAGAGGAUCAUGUAUCUAAUGAAAACACAAAGGAAGGGAUUCAAGCAGUAAUUCUUGACAUGUCCAAUGUAACAAACGUAGACAUUGCAGGAAUUCUUGCACUAGAAGAGCUGCACAAGAAGUUGCUCUCACAUGAAACAGAGUUGGCCAUAGCCAACCCAAGAUGGCAAGUAAUUCACAAGCUAAAGUUGGCGAAAUUCACGGAUAAAGUAGGAAGUGGAAGGAUUUUCUUCACAGUUGCUGAAGCCGUGGCUGCAAGCAUUAGCACUCCCAAUAACUGUUGAUGGAUUUUUGUGGGCUUUUUGCUUAUAUGGAGAAUUUUUUUGUGUAAAAUUUUGUAAGAUCCUAUUUCUAGAUAUGGUUUUGAAGGAUUGUGAUUGUAA